UGGCACUCUUGGACAUAGUACUGUUAGCAAAAUUCAGUCUUUGAAAAGGAGCAGCUUUUAAAAGUUAAUUUUCCUUAGUUCCCAGUUCAGUUGAGAAGUAGAUGUUUGUAAAAAUGUUUAUUUUAGCAGUAGUUCUCUAAAACAUUAAGUGGAAUUUUUGUCCACCUUUUACUGGAGGAUAAACUUAGUAGAGAAUUUGGUCCAAAAUGUCCUAGAAGUGAAUCAUAUUUCUAGGGGUUGACUGAUUUUACUUCUUCAGCACAGCACCAGAUCAAGCUGGGCAGAAUCAUAAUGGGAAGCCCCUGUGGCCAGACAGGAAGGUUGGCCACAGAUAGUACAUUGCAACAGUGUGAUGGGUAUUUCAUGAGCUAGGUAGCCUAUGUCGCAGGAGUUGACUCGGGCCAAGGAAAAUCAAGAGGCAGAAGCAAAGAGUAAUCAAAACGAAACAUCCACCUGAGGGAAGGAUUAACACCUGAGGGAGAGGAGUUGAGAGUGGGGGCCUUGGAAUGUAACGAGGCCCCUCCCUUCAAUCUGGGCUGAGGCUCAAACCCAGGGCCUGUGUGCAUGCCAAGUAAGCUCUCUACCACUGGGCUUCACACUUUUAGCUCUAAAGGAGCCUUUUCUUUUGCAAGUAAGACUUGAUGAGGCUUUUUCUGUUAUUGUCUGUCUCUGCCGUUGCAGGAACUUUGUGGGAAUUUCUGUAUAUGAAAAACUUCUCUGUGUUCUGGCUGGUGUGAAUCUAGAGGUCUCAGUAUACAGUACUGGGACCAAAACACAGUGUCAGCCAGCUGACUACCAGAAUCUCAUUGUUUUCUAAAUUCCGUUUGCCCAGGAAGCACCAUGGCCCAUGUUGUCUUGAUUCCUGGGUUGUCUCGAGGUUCUGUGGGAGCCAUCUGCACUCGGGCAGCUUUGUGGGGGUUGACGGCCAACACUUUGCGUCACCUUACACUAGCCAGCAUAAUGAAAUCCAGAAGGAAAACGGACCACCUAGAGAGAACGGCCAGUGUCCUCCGCCGGGAGGUCAUGGCUGCAGCUAAGGUGUGUGAAAUCACUCACGAGUCUCCGUCAGUGAAGAGCCUCCGUUUGCUUGUUGCUGAUAAAGACUUUUCCUUUAAGGCUGGCCAGUGGGUUGAUUUCUUUAUCCCAGGAGUCUCAGUGGUUGGUGGGUUUUCAAUUUGCUCCAGUCCCCAACGGCUAAAACGGGAGAGAAUAAUAGAACUGGCAGUGAAAUAUACAGACCACCCUCCUGCUGUCUGGGUUCACAAUAAGUGCACACUUGACUCUGAAGUGGCUCUCAGAGUAGGUGGAGAGUUCUUCUUUGACCCUCAGCCCACAGAUGCCCCUCGAAACCUUGUCUUGAUUGCUGGAGGGGUCGGGAUUAACCCCCUGCUUUCUAUCCUGCGCCACUGGGCAGAUCUUCACCGAGACCACACAGACAAAGGAAGUAGCUAUGAGAUAGGAACAAUAAAAUUGUUCUACAGUGCAAAGAACACCAGCGAACUCCUGUUUAAGAAAGAUAUCCUCGACUUAGUACAUGAAUUUCCUGAGAAGAUUACUUGCAGUUUUCAUGUUACAAAACAGACAGCACAAAUCAGUGCGGAACUUAAGCCUUACGUCACAGACGGAAGAAUAACAGAGAAGGAGAUAAGAGAUCACAUUUCAGCAGAGACUCUGUUCUAUGUCUGUGGCCCACCUCCAAUGACAGACUUUUUCUCCAAGCACCUGGAAAGCAACCACGUUCCUAAGGAACACAUCUGCUUUGAGAAGUGGUGGUAGGGAACAGGCACAGAAGACCUGAGAGCUGUUCGGGACAGCGAGGCUCUCAAGUGUGCAGCCCAAGACUAAAAGAAAAACCAGCUAUAGAGUUACACGAGACUUCGGCAGACUUCAGUGGUCACACUAUUUUUGACUAUUUUGAUUUUUCUUUCUUUAAUACCUGUGUAAUUACUUUAUGAUAUUCCAUUAUUAUAGAAUUUCUGACCCCUGGGAAAAGACCAUAUACUCAAUCCAAUUUUUUUGUUUGUUUUUUUCGAGACAGGGUUUCUCUGUAUGGCCCUGGCUGUCCCGGAACUCACUCUGUAGACCAGGCUGGCCUCAAACUCAGAAAUCCUCCUGCCUCUGCCUCCCAAGCGCUGGGAUUAAAGGCGUGUGCCACUACCGCCAAGCACUCAGUUCAAUUUUAAUCAAAAGAUUUAUUGUUGAGCUGCUGCCAGGAUGACAGCCUGAGAGCCAGAUUUCAGAUUGCCAUAAAGGAGGGUGUGCGCAAAGGUUUCCUAAAGGGAAAACCACAGAAGGCCCACAGUACCUACGCAAGCAAGCAAAAACUGGCCUGGUCUGCCAAGUUUAAGUGGUUAAAGCAACUCCAAACAGUCUGGGUAUCUGCAUAAGCAAGUUACAGAUGCUGAAAAAGCACUCUCCAUAACAAGGAGACAGUCAACAGCUGUACAUUUCUGGGGGUCCCUGAGUCAGGGUUGUUUCUGGAACCCCAUUCUGGAAUGUUGAGUCUAUGGCAAGCAGUCAUUAGUACUAAUAUGGAGGGAGACCUAGAAAAAAAUGGAGUUUCUCUGGUUGGUCUUUACACCAUGAACUGAUUAAUACAGAUUUUUCUUUUGCCUUUACGGGACAAAUUGGUCUACUUAUAUUAAUUAAAGGAAAGUGUGGGGUUUGUGUGAACUAAAUACUUCUUUAAAUUAUUGGACAGAAAUUGAUAAAAUUUGUGUUUACGGAAUUUAUAAUUUUAAAUACAGUCUUUAUUUUGAAGAGUC